AUGGCACAGGAUUCGGCGACCGAGGCGUUACAGCAGGGCCUCCGUGACGUGCCUCCUGGAACGUUAGAACGUAGUAUCAUCCAGCAGGAAUUAAAGGCGAAGAUCCGGGAGCUGAAAAAUAACUGGUGGCAAAGCAAAGCGAAGGAAUUGCAGUGGUUGGCAGACACCAGCCAAACUGCAAAAUUCUUCGAAGGUCUAAAGUCCGUAUAUGGACCUCGUCGUGCGAAAAUUGCCCCUGUCUUCUCACGUGACAAAGCGAGGAGGCUAACAGACCCCGAGGAGGUCCUCCUUCGUUGGGCUGAGCACUUUAACGAGGUCCUAAAUCCCGGCAGUCAAGAAGUAGAUCUAUCCUAUAUCAGCUCCCUUGAAAACCUGCCAACUGCGUCAAACUUGGAUGACCCGCCGUCGUUUGCGGAAUUCAUUGCUGCGGUAAACCGCUUAAAGAAUGGUAAAUCACUGGGGUCUGAUAGUCUACCAUCGGAGAUCUUCAAAAAGAAGAAGAUGUCUACGAAGAGUACGAGAAAUCUUCGACCGCGCGCUAAGGGCCCGCCUGCCCCCGCGCCCACAGAGACCCCUACCCCCUCGUCCGGCAAGACCACGUCUACCGAGACACAUACAUGGAGCAAAGGCUCCACCGGCAACCAAGUGAAUAGCGGUGGAGAGAUAGACAACAAUUCGCCGCCCGAGUUACCCUCAUUCGGAGGAGAUAUAACCGAAUGGAUUUCAUUUAGGGCAGAGUUCGAGGACACGUCUCCCAUGUUUAGUGCCGUCAAUAACGUAAGUCGUAUUAGGCGCGCGCUCAAAGGCGAGGCUCGGACCGCCGUGAAAUCAAUUAUGUACACAGUUCAGGACCCGUACGAAAUUAUGGAGGCGCUAGAACGGCAAUUCGGCGAUCCGGAGGAAAUAGUGUUAACGGAGUUGCAUAAUAUAAAACGUAUGCCGCGCUUGUCAGAAGACAACGCGAACAUAGCUUCCUUCGCCGCACAUAUUGCGAAUGCCGUCGCAACCAUACGUUCGCUACGACAAGAGCAGUACCUACACGCGCCUGAACUUGUAAACAAAAUCGUGGACAAACUUAAUCUGAUUGUGCGUUACGAAUGGGCAAAAUAUAGGCAGUCUAAUAGUCAAACUCCCGGUCUAGUUGCAUUAUCGGAGUUUUUGAACGAAAUUAGCACUGCAGCCAAACGCGUCAACCGACAUAGGCCGUCGAACAGAUUGCGGAACACAGUAAACACGGUAUCUUUUGAGCACGACCCUAGGCGAGCAAGCAGUUCUCGCGAUAGGCGUCGCGCCCCCGCGUUUUCCCGCGAUCCUAGCACGGAGUCGGAAUCAGAUUCCCACGAUCAUUACGUACGCGAAGCGCCGCGUAGUAAUAAACCCGCUAUCGCGCAAGUUAAGCCUCGCGAUAGUAACAAAAAAAAACCCGCGUCGACCGGAGCUAAGCCCAAACAACCGACAUCGUCCGUCCCUGUCUCGCGCAGCACGUGCGCCGUUUGCCAGAACGGCCACGAGCACAAAGUUAGCGCGUGUCGUAAAUUUUUAGCGGCGACGAUUCCUGAACGGUGGGACUUAGCAAAGGGUGCUAGAUUAUGCUAUAGGUGCUUAGACGCGGCUCACCGUAAGUUCAAGUGCAAGUACAUCGCGUGCGGAGUUAACCAAUGCGAAGCCGGACAUCAUAAGCUAUUACACGGACUGAACGCGGCCGCGCCCGCGAACGGUAAUAGUACUCCGGCGGCAGCGGUAAAUAAUAUUAGGCUCCCGCAAACGUACCUCAAAGUCAUGCCUGUAGAGGUGUCGGGACCGCUAGGUACCGUGCAAACCCUCGCGCUGCUAGACGAAGGCGCGGCUAUGACUUUGAUGCUUCACGAAACGGCCGAUAAACUCGCGCCUCGCGUAAAAGGCGAAACUCUAGAGAUAGAAGGCAUAGGCGGCGUAGUCAGAAAUCCAGAUUCGUAUACGUUACGAGUCGCAAUACGGGGUUUUUGUAGCCGACACAUGGAAAUGAUGGAGGUAAUCACGAUUGGCGAUAUUGGCAUAGGAAUGCAGGGCGUACCACGUGACGUAGUCGACAAGUGCGAACACUUGACUAAAAUCGCGGACGAAUUAAGUUACCCGACCGGCAUACCUACCAUCGUGAUAGGACAAGAUAAUUGGCACCUCAUCAUUUCUCGGCAAAUUUUAGAGGGCCCGCCUGAGCUUCCCAUUGCUAGCCUAACUAGACUGGGCUGGGUUUUACACGGCCCAGAUAGAACGCGCCGCGCCGCGGUAAAUUUUGUAGGGCACGCACGGCCUAAAACCGCGGACGACGAGGCUUUAGAGCUAAUGAAACGGCAUUUUGACAUAGAAUCAUUAGGCGUUUCACAAAAGCUACCUCGGGCCGAUCCCGACCAGCGCGCGCUAGACUUGCUGAAAACCACCUGUGUAAAAAUACCGGGGGAGAAUAGGUAUCGAGCGGGCUUAUUAUGGCGGACGGACGACGAAAAGCUCCCAGAUAACCGAGCGCAAGCAUUAAAACGACUGUACAGUCUAGAACGAAAACUAGACCGAGAUGCAACGUUAAAGGCCGAAUAUGCAAAGCAUAUGGCUAACUUGCUUGACAAGGGUUACGCGGAGAAAAUGGAGUCGCCGCCCCCCCUCGAUGCGCCCCGGGUGUGGUACUUAGCGCAUUUCCCAACUUUUCACCCGCAACGCGGCAAAAUGAGAUUAGUGUGGGACGCGGCCGCCACGGCCUACGGACGGUCGCUCAAUAGCGCGCUUUUGGCCGGCCCCGACUUAUUAGAGUCACUCUUUGGCGUACUAGUGCGUUUCCGCGAGGGUAAAAUCGCGGUAAUAGCGGACGUCAAAGAAAUGUUUUUACAGAUCGAGAUAAUUGAGCAAGAUCGCGAUGCGUUACGUUUCGUUUGGCGGGGGGAGGACCGCACCUCUCCACCGCAAGAAUACAGAAUGAAGCGGCUUAUAUUUGGAUCGGCAGCGUCGCCGACAACCGCGCUAUACGUCAAAAACGAAAACGCAAGAACGCAUAGCGAACAAUUUCCGAUCGCAGCUGAAAAAACAAUAAAAAAUACGUACAUGGACGACAUGUUGAUCGCGCUCGAUACGUCCGAGGACGACGCCAGGCGCAUAGUAAACGAGGUUUACGAACUAAAUAUGCGCGCGUCAUUCGAGCUUCGCGGGUUCGCGUCGAACCAUCCUGCGGUUAUUGCUGACGUAGUUAACAGUAAAGAGGAAACGUCAUUGUUAGGCGCUAGCGAGAGCGAACGUACGUUAGGUUUGAAAUGGAAUCACAAACGUGACACCUUAGGUUUCAACGUAAACUUUCGCAACACGCCCGAGGACGUACUUAACGGUCAGAAAUUACCCACAAAACGACAGGUUACGAGUAGUGCGAUGUCAAUAUUCGAUCCGAUCGGAUACGUUAGCCCCAUAUCCGUCUUAGGCAAGGCAUUAAUGCAGGAGAUAUGGCGCACCGGAAUCGGAUGGGACUCGCCCAUACCCGUCUCGCUCGCACCCGCAUGGCGAUCGUUCAUAGAUAACGUACAACAAUUACGAGACUUGGAAAUUCCGCGACACGUGCCCGCAUUUAAUAGGGAGGCAUAUAUGCAUGUUUUUUGCGACGCAAGUGAAAAAAUAUAUGCCGCGGCCGUGUACCUAGUCAGCGUCAACCCCGAGGGGACUAGAACGUCCGCAUUAGUGGCCGCAAAGGCCCGAGUGUCACCUCUCCGGGUAGUUAGUAUUCCACGAAUGGAAUUACAGAGCUGCGUACUAGCGACUAGGUUAGCGGAGACCAUAGUCAAAGAGUCAGACUACGUAAUAAAGGACAAGUAUUUUUGGUCUGACUCCAAAACGGCACUCACGUGGAUACGGUCGGACCCACGUAGGUACAAAACGUUCGUCGCACAUAGGUUAGCGGAAAUCGAGAACACUACCACCCCCGCCAACUGGCGCUGGGUGCCUAGUGCAGCUAACGUAGCUGACGACGCGACGCGCGGUAUACCUACGCAAUUUGGAGCGAACCACCGAUGGUUCAUAGGGCCCGAUUUCAUACGUAAAAGCGAGGAGCAUUGGCCGACAGAGAAAACGCCCGCGCCCGUCGCCGAUACGGGCGAAGAACGCGUUAACAAACUCGUAUGCUCGGUAGGCGCCGCGAAAAAUAAGUUUGAGUACCUGCCGGAGGUAUGUAGGUUCUCAAAGUUCGUACGCUUAGUCCGCGCCACCGCUAAAACACUGGUUGCCGCCGAGGUUUUUAAAGCCGCAUUGCUUAAAAAGAAACCAGACACAGACAUAAAUAAGGGGCAUUUGAACUUAGCAGAGAUAUUGCUUAUACGCCGGAGUCAACAUGAAGCCUUUCCAGAGGAAAUCAAGUUAAUGGAAACUGGACGGCCGAUUCCGAAGAAAUCGCCACUCCAUAAAAUCGCAGUAAAACUCGACAAAAAUGGAGUCAUCGUGCUGAACGCCAGAAUAGAUAAAGAGGUACACAUACCCGUUCUACACGCUAAAGAAGAUUUCGUUAAGCUGCUAAUACAUCAUUUUCAUGCUCUCUACAAUCACGGCAACCACUCAACAGUGAUAAACGAGCUGAAACAGAGAUAUUAUAUUAGCGGUCUGCGCGGUAGCAUUCGUUAUAUAACGAAUAAGUGCCAAUGGUGUCGGACCUAUAAGGGGACCACGCUCAAGGUUCCUGUAGGCGACUUACCACCAGAGAGGCUCCAGGCGAAUCAACCGCCAUUUACCGCCGCAGCCGUAGAUUUAUUUGGCCCAAUGAAUAUUACAAUAGGCCGCCGCCGCGAGAAAAGAUGGGGCGUAUUAUAUACUUGCCUCACUACCCGAGCUGUGCACUUAGAGCUUGCCGCCUCACUUUCGGCAUCCUCUAUGAUACUCUCACUGCGCAGAAUGAUAGCUCGGCGCGGCACGCCUACCGUUCUGUACUCCGACAACGCAACUAACUUCUACGGAGCAGAACGAGAAAUUGCAGAGGCCAAGAAAACGCUGCCAGACAGUCUAAAGCCAUUCCUGACUGAACGAGCGAUCACCUGGAAAAAGAUACCGCCUGGCAACCCUUCCGCCGGCGGUGCAUGGGAACGACUCGUGGGCAGCGUGAAAACUGCACUGAAAGCUACACUAAAAGAGAGAGCACCUCAUGAAGAAGUUCUACAUACGCUGCUUCUAGAAGCCGAGCACGUAGUGAACUCCAGACCACUGACACCUGUGAAUCCAGACCUAGAUGUCGAGGCUCUGACGCCGAACCAUUUUCUCAUCGGCCGGUCGAGCGCAAUGGCACCGCUGGGCGUCUUCACAGACAAAGAUAUUUUUCCUGCUGAUGAAUUAUGGAGACAUAAGUGGCUCACUGUCGUCCGAAAUCAAAGAGGGGAUCCAGAGUGGACGUGUACCAAAAAUAGCAGAAUAUGUUCAAUACAUUUUAAACCGGAACAUAUGUACACAACCAACAAAGGAAGAAGAAGAAUAACAAAAGGCGCUAUUCCUUUUUUUCGGGCCGCUAUGAGAUGCAUGACGCCGAAUUCCUUAAUUAACGUCGAUAUAUCAGACAUGGAAUCUAUUUUUGAUAGCCCCCGCAAAGCCUAUUUGAAAAAACGACUUCGCAAGACCGAAGCAGCUAAAACUAAACUGGCGAAACAAACCAAAAAUUUAAAAACUAUAAACAAAAGACUAAAACAUAAAUGUGACAGUCUACGAGAUGCCCUAUUAAAGUUAAAGAGGAAAAUGAAGAUUCCCGAAGAUCAUUUUAGAGAAGUGUGGUUAAAAGCUGAAGCUGCUGAUUUAUACAAACAAAUGGAGAAAAAUAAAAAUAAAAAUCGCCGAAUGCCGUUUAGCCAGAAUUUAAGAAAAUUUGCUCUAACAUUAAACUUUUACUCCCCGAUGGGUUAUAAAUAUGUAAGAAAUAUAUUUAAUAAUGCCCUUACUCAUCCCCGAACACUUAGUAAGUGGUAUGAAAAAACGGAUGCUUCGCCGGGCUUUACAGCGGAAGCUUUUGAAGUCUUCAAAAAAAAUACACAGGUUCUGGAGAGAGAAUGCUAUGCACUCUUAUGGUAGA